AAACGGAUGAAUGGGGUUAAUAAUGAGUAAUAUAUACGAUUUCCUAAACUCAAUGCAAAGAUUAAAGUGCUGGUACGACUAACCUUAAAUAUUAUCAAUUAUCAAAAAUCAUAAAUAAUUUUGUGUGCAAAAAGAAAUGUAUACGACGCAAAACCUUAAUUCCAAGAAAAUGAAUAAUGAAUUAAUCAGUAAUCACUGAUUAAUGUGUAGAGUAUAAGAACUAAUUCUUGCACAUGCUUCAUCUAGUCGUUUCAGAAUGGUCUCGGCACUCUGUGUUCUUGUAUUUUUGGGUAUUGUUUCCCAGUUUUUGGCCAUUGAAAUAACGCCAACAAUUUCCGAUGGUGUUCCUGAAACAUUUAAUAUGACCAGAAAACCCUUUGAAAAGAUCGGGAAUGGUUACUAUUACUUGGAAAGGAAUGUAAACCUAAAUUGGUUUGCUGCUUUCGAAUCAUGCCGGAAAAUGGACGCCCAGUUAGUUGCCUUUCAGACCUUGGAGGAAUGGAAUUCGGUUAUCCUCCACCUUGAGAGCAACAAAAUUGAGGGUAUAUUCUGGACCUCUGGCACAGACUUGGCGAAUAACGAAGAACAUGUUUGGUUUACAACUGGCCAGAAGGUGACUUUGGAUAGCAUUUGGAAUGAAGGAGAACCCAAUAAUGACGGUGGAAAUGAACACUGCGAUGUGGUGCUAUCCGCUAAAGACUCUAUAGGGUUGAAUGAUCUUGAAUGUGAACUGAAGAGACUCUAUAUUUGUGAAGCCCCACAACCGAUUACAGCUUCUUUUGUUAUCUGGUAAAGAGAUAAUAAUGAUUACUUUAUAUUCUUUGAUUUGUUUACCACCACCAAAGCUUUCAAAAAAUAUAAAUAGUCUAGAUAACAUCUUCUCCAAGCUGGGUUUUCUCUGUUCCUCUUGGGACCUUUGGUGGAAAUUAACAUUGCAAUGAGUUGGAAUACAAAAGGAACCCAGAUAACUACAAUGAUCUUAACAGGACCUUUUAAAGUUAUUGCAGUUCUGUCUAUUAAAUAUUAAUUUUCCCUAGAACUCAUUAUACUUUCGUCUUC